AUGGCAUCGGAACUCGUCGAGGCUACGACCCCCUCUGUUGGCUCCGAGCUAGUGGAGCGGCUCAUGACAAACUGCAGCCGCCCGAACAGUUCCGCAUCUGGGCAGUCUUCGACUGGCAGUGCCGUUGGCCGUAUUCUUAUGUACAACGAUAGCGACGGCGCGACCUCAACGAUCCUCACCGUCAACGAGAAGGGCACCCUUGACGCCCCCGCCGCGCCGACGCGCAUUUCAUUCGACAUGAUCGGUGUGACUGGUGUUACAGAGGAGAUGUNCCCUUGA